GUUUCUAUAGAAAGAAGGGCUCCUCUUUAAGACCCACCACAAAUAGCGGCUGAUCCCUCGGACCCAAACCCUCCCCCCUUCAAAGGAACCAUAUAUUGCCUCUCAAUCCAUCUCUUCUUUCACACUCUCUCCUCUGUUUCUUAGUUACAAAGCUAACUCACAACUUUUGGUUGAUACAUUAAUGGAGGAGCGCAAUGAAGGUGAAAAAGCAGAGGAGCUAAUGCUGCCUGGCUUCCGUUUUCACCCAACCGACGAAGAGCUUGUUGGGUUUUACCUCAAAAGAAAGGUUCAACAAAGGCCUCUUCUCAUAGAACUCAUCAAGCAAAUUGACAUUUACAAAUAUGAUCCAUGGGAUCUUCCAAAGUUGGGUGGUGGUGGAGAAAAAGAGUGGUAUUUCUACUGCCCUAGAGAUAGAAAAUACAGGAACAGUGCUAGACCAAACCGUGUCACUGGAGCUGGCUUCUGGAAGGCCACUGGAACUGACCGCCCCAUUUACUCCUCCGAUGGAACCAAGUGCAUUGGGCUGAAGAAAUCACUUGUUUUCUAUAAAGGCAGAGCUGCUAAAGGUGUCAAAACUGACUGGAUGAUGCAUGAGUUUCGUCUACCUUCCCUCACUCAUCCUUCUCCAUCUAAGAGAUUGGUUGAUAAAACCAUUCCCGCAAAUGAUUCAUGGGCAAUAUGUAGGAUAUUCAAGAAAACAAACUCCACAGCUCAAAGGGCUCUAUCUCUGUCUUCUAAUAUCCCACCUUUAUCUGAUAAUGCUUUCACCAAAAACGACACAUAUUUCCCCACAAAACCCACUUUGCCCUCCUUUGAAACCCUAAACCAAUCUUCCAUUUCCAACACUUACCCUUUUGACUUUGUGGGUUCAUGUAAGCCAUUCAGCACUCAAACAACCAAUACAUUCGCUCAUCUUCCCAUUUUGGCUGAACCAUCACCCAACGCCACAGAGCAAGAGAAAUCCAGAGUGGACCUCUCUUCCAUUUUGCUAAACAUGUCAUCAUCAGUGCUUGGAGACUUUGGGAUGAAGCCCAUUGCAGACACCAUAGACUUGCUUGCAAAUCAGCAAUUUAUAAACAACUAUCCACAACCCUUUUCACAUGAGAUGCAAGCAGGUGGUGACCAGUUUGGGGGCAUGAUGAGAUCCAGUGUUGGGUGUCCUUUGGGUUUGCCUUUGAAUAUAAGUGAGUUGGGGAAGCCGAGUUUUGUAUGGGAUUCUUCUUCUUCAUGCCCUAGUGAAGUAUCCACCACCACUAAUUGCUAUACCUGAUGGCUUUUGAUUAGUAUCAUUAUUGUUUAGGGGCUUAUAUUAAUGUAGUUAGGCAGGCUAGAAUUAGGGUUUAGUUUUGAGUUGUGUUGCGUUUGUAAAAGGUGUUUGCAUCAAUAUGGGAAGCUUUUGUUUAUAAAACUUAAGGCUUCUGUGGUACACCAAGUUGAUGAGAGCCUUAUUGUCUUCUCACCAUCACAU